UUUCUCUGUAUUUUUUUUUUUUUGGGGUGUUUUUGGUCUUAUGAUAAUGGAAGAGAAUUGGGAUCCGUUAGCCCGCAGAAUUCCCAGCUUUGGUCGUGGCCUACGGAUCCUUCUGGUGGAUCAUGACACUACUUCUCUCAUGUACAUAUCUUCAAUGCUGGAAUCCCAUUCCUUCAAGGUUACAACCAUUGAACUAGCAUCUCUUGCCAUGGCCAUAUUUGCAGAGCGGAAGGACGAAUUCGACUUGGUUAUGGCCGAUGUUAACAUGCAGGAUAUGACCAACCUUCGCUUUAUCCAACAAAUACUUCUUAUGAAAAAUCACAUGCCCAUCAUUUUAAUGUCCUCCAGGUAUCCUGGCAAGAUAGUUGCAGAGCAAGCCCUGAGAGAUGGGGCAUGUUUCUUUCUUCAGAAACCUGUUUCUGACAAUGAUCUGAGAGACUUAUGGCAACAUGUGUAUCGGAAGAGAAGGUCUUCGGAAUUUCCAAAAGAGAGGAGUAAAUCUCAAGGUGUGAAGAUCAAAGAAGAAUCCGCUAGUGCGUUUAGAAAUGAUUGGUUUAGGGAGGUGGGUAGUGUGUCCAGGACCAACUCUAGGACUGCCAAUGAAAAUGAUUUGCAUGGCACUAAUCAUGAACACUGGAUAGCUGAUCUAAAAGGGAAGAAUAAGCAAAUCAAACCGGACAGUGGCCUAGUUGAUGGGGAUGCACAAACUACUGAACGUGAACUGUUGAGGAUGGCAGCUGACCAAAAACCAGGAUGCAAUGAUAGAAAGAGAUCAAAUGAAGACAACACAGAAAAAAGAAAGUGCAAAAGGAAAAUCUACUCUGAACAAAUUCAUUCCCAAGGUAUAAGCCCCAUUGAAGAAGACGGGAAUGAAAAGAAACAGAAGAGUAGCACCUUGGAGAAAAGGCAAUGUAUGAGGUGGACUCCAGAUCUUCACUUCAAAUUUACAGAAGCCAUCAGAAAACUGGGUGAAAAAAAGGCUAGCCCAAAAGCAAUACUAGAGUUGAUGAAGGUGCCGGAUUUGAGACAAGGCCAUAUUUCCAGCCAUCUGCAGAAAUACAAAGCACAAGUUCAGAGCAUGUUGGACACCUGUGGGAAUACUCCACUGCCACUUCCAUCUUCUGUGAAUAUAUCAACAUCCAAUGGCAAUCGCCAAAUGGGAGUUCCACAAUUCCAGGAGCGGCAGGGCUCUGUUGGAGUUAACGCUAAUUCAUCAUUGCAGCUUCAUCCUCCACUCCCUCUGAAGGCUAGUCCUGUGCCAGGAAAUGCAGGGCCUAGCAACUCAACUGAGCACAAGCAGCAUCCAAAUCCAACCAAAAACAACAAUGGAGUUCAAAUGGUGGGGUAUGGAAAGCAUCAAGGGACAAGCCAAAUAAGGGAGAGGACAGGACCUUUUCCAAGUGACGUCAACAUGAAUGAGAAUGGAAAGGGGAAACAGCCUCUGGGUUUCCAAGGGAACAGUGAUCCACAUGUGGCACUAGAUCAGGCUACUCUUCAUAGAUUGACUGCUCAGCAGUGUUGGCAAAGGCUAACCCAGUUUCCAACACCAUUUAAGAGGUUAACUGAGGCGCAAAAUUUGGUGCCUGGGCUGACUUCUUCUGCCGGUAGACCCAACUCAGACAUUCCUGAUGGCAUUAAUGCUACCGAGGAUGCUAUACCACGACUGGCUCAUCUAGCCAAUUCAGCAAAUCAGAGCAUUGCCUAUGCCCCAGGUACAGGCCAUGGUGGAUUGGAUGAGAGCGGUGAUGAUUGGUUGACUGAAUGGUUAAGCAGAUCUCUAGAUGAAGAUAAUCCAGAUGCUCGUAACUUCGAUGGGCCAGACAAGUAAACUUUAUGUACUGUUAACACAUGAUAUUGUUAUUAAUGUACAAAUAUGGUUGAGCGGUGUUUCUUGUGUUACUGAUUGUUUUCCAUUUAUUUCCAUUGUUAUUACUCUUCCA